UCAUAGCAAUGCACAGAGAGUCAAAUGGCUAGGCAUGGCAUCGAGAACGUCUGCAGCUUUGGAGAUAAGGAAAUUGAGAAAGAAACUUAGACAGAUUGAAAACUUGGAACGAAAGGAGGGUGAUUUACUUGACGAAGAAUUAACAAAAAUAUCGAAAAAGAGAGAAAUCCGUGAGCAUCUUCUGCAGUUGUUGGCCACUGCUGAAGAUGACAAUGAAAGCUUUGAAGCAUCUACGCAGUCAAACAUAACAAAUAACAGCAAUGGAUCAUCAGAUGUACAAGAGUUUGAAAUGUCAGCAGUUAACAUUACUGUGGUCACCCCUGAAAAUGAAGAGGAUGAUUCCUAUGUGGAUGUGGAAUCAAUGGAUGUGGAAGUGAGUGAGGGAGUUUCCACACCUCCCUCCACUGAGGUCCAUCCACAAGUGGAGGAGCUGUCCAGCACAGCUGGUGAUACACUACAUGAAAAUGAAGCUCAAGGCCUGAUAACAGAGACAGGCACUCAGAUUGAGCAGAACAAUCCUUACCAUGUGUCCCCUAGAGAGUCCAUCCAUUCUAAUGGUGACCAUGAAAGUAGUCCCCCCAAAGAAAAGACAAAAACUAAGAAGAGCAAGAAAACAAAGAGUCAGUCAGAAGAAGCUCCAUCCUUUUUUAGUGUGAGCAGUUGGAGAGAUGGUGUGUUUUAUUUGACAGAAUUAGAAGGUCACAAUGACCUCAUUACAGAUUCUGACUUACAGGGCACUACAUUGGUGACAGCCAGUCGAGAUACAACUGUGAAGAUGUGGAAUUUGGAGGAGAUGAGGGAGGUACGAAGUUUUGGGGGACAUACAGGGUCUGUUAACACUGUAGUUCUGCUCACUGCUGAAUACACCACUAAAGUUUGUGAAGUAAGUGGAAUCCCCCAGACAGAGGGAGCUAUAAUUAUAAGUGGAUCCACAGAUUGCAGUUUUAAACUUUGGUGUAGUGCCACAGGAAAAAUUCUGCGAUCCACCUACACAUUUAGUCCAGUAACCAAAGUGGCCUACCACCCUGUGGCGGAAGUCUUCAUAACGGGCUCAGAUGGAGGGAAACUAGAGAUGUGGGAUGUCCAGACUGGGAAAAGUCUCCAGAGUUUACAUGCUUUUGAGGAUAGUGUGUCAGCAGUCCAGGUUGAUGAUACAUAUCUAUACUCUGCAUCAGUGGAUGGACUCAUCAAAGUAUACGAGAUAAGGGACAAGCGUUUUCACUGUGUCUUUGAGUCUGGCAACAUAAGGUCAACAGAUGGAUCAUAUUUGUGUUGUAGAGGAGUUAGAGGAAUAGCUGUGAGGAGUGAUGUCAUAUAUUAUGGUGAUGACGGAACCAAUAUUAAGGCUCUGUCUUGGAAAUCAGGUCUUGUCCAUAAAUUAGGCAACCAUAAUGAAGACUUUGGAAUCACAGACAGCAUGACCAUUAAAGAUGACAUCCUGAUUUCCUCAGCGUUCUGUCUCGAUACAGGACUAGGAUAUAUUAAUGUCAGGAACUCUGAUGGAGAAAAAUACCUAGCCAGUCUAAAUGAUGGAGAGACAGAUAGAAUUAUGUCUGUCUGUUGUUUUAAAAUGGCUGAGGAUGCUUUUGCAGUUGUUUCAGCAGGAGUCCAACUAAAGGUCUGGAUAAAAACAUCAGACUCAAGGUAUAUCCGUGCUGACGCCAGGCAGGUUAAGCCCUCGUAUUAUCCCAGGCUUACCAAACCUCCGCGGCAUUCGGAUGUCGAAUCCGACCUGGAAAGUAGCGAAUUGGGAUCGGAUGACACCAGCACGGACGAACAACCAAGUGCAGAAAGUCAAUCAUGGACGUCAUGGUGUACCAUUUUUUAGGCCUAACUUUUACCGUGGAAGGUCGUGAGGGUGAUUGUUAUUGAUCCUUGACCAGCUUCCCCGUUUAGGGAUUCUAUUACUAGAGGGAUAAAUAAACUCAUGAAUUUUACAUCUUAAUGGUGUAUGUAGGUCAUUCCAAUAGCAAAUUAAUCAAAGACUGAAGCGAAACAUUAGCAAAAUUAUAGAGAACAAAAUUAUAGAGAAAUGAUGAAACUUUUUUCUGAUUUCAACAUGAAAUGUUCGGAAGAAUACAUAAACUUAUUUAUCUUUCAAGAAGCGUGAACUGUUAAAUAUUUAUAGAUUCACUUGCAUUAUUAUUGUGGUCCAGAGUUUUGUUUUGUAUGACUUCGCCUCCUUAGCAGACCCGGAUAUGACGCUAUGUCACGGGAGUGGAUUAUCUUCCGUUUAACAGCCCAGUUCUUCCAGUGUAUGUCCAGUAUACAUUUUUUUGGUCAAAAUAUUUAUUUCCAUGUUUUGAAGAUAAUGUAUGCAUAAUCAUUUAAUUCAUGCUUAAAAGCGGAAAAUGUU